UUUAAAGCCGAGGAAGGGGACGGUAACAAAGACAAAAGCAAACGCAAGUCAAUCCAUUUCAGCGAUUGGCCACCGGAACAGUUCGUGAGGGCGAUCGUGCCCUAACUCCCUUCCCCAGCCCUAAUCCGAAACUCUAAAUCACAUCGCUAGUCCUCUCCUCGCACCCAAAAUCGUCUUGUUGGCGACGCGGAGGUGGCGGCGGAUCUUGCUUUCAGUUGAUCUACUGUUCCUGGCACUUACGGACUGGCUUUUCAAAUUCAAUCCGAUCGUCUUCACUUACUGAAGCAAGAUCUGUCCAUUUGUGAUUGCAGCAGAGAAACCAAGAACUUUGAAGGAUUGGUCUAUGCAAAUAUGCGAUUGAGGUGGAUUCAUCUAUCUUAGAAUGUGAAAUGGAGUCGCUGUGGAAGCUUGCUUACUUACUUGAACCAGCAUCGGUUACUCUCAUUGCGACUGCGAUUUUUGUUACCUUUGCAUCGGCUUUCAGAGCCCUGGAUCAUGGGAAGGAGAUGGAAAGGAACCUGGAUUUCUCAGAGGCAUCGAUUACGUUGGACCGAUCUCAAGCUCUUAUGAUACCUCUUGCUAGCUCUUGCAGCUUGUUGUUAAUGUUCUAUCUUUUCUCGUCAGUAUCCCAAAUUAUCACUGCCUUCGCUGCUGUUGCAUCGGCAUCUGCUCUCUACUUCUGCCUCUCGCCUUACAUGAUCUACCUCAGGUCGCGAUUUGGGUUAACGGAUCCUCUGGUUUCUAGAUGCUGUUCCAAGACAUUUGCACGCGGCCAAGGGGUGUUGCUCUUCUUUUGCAUAAUGCUCGUGGCGACUUGGCUAGUCACAGGGCAUUGGAUUCUGAACAAUAUUUUGGGGAUCUGCAUAUGUAUUGCCUUUGUCAGUCAUGUCCGGUUACCAAAUAUUAAAAUCUGUGCACUGCUUCUUGUGUGCUUAUUUUUGUAUGAUAUUUUCUGGGUUUUCUUCUCUGAGAGGUUCUUUGGUGCGAAUGUUAUGGUCUCAGUUGCGACACAAAAGGCCUCUAACCCAAUUCACAAGGUGGCGACCAGCUUGAGCCUUCCGGGAUUGCAGCUGAUUACAAAAAAACUAGAGCUUCCUGUAAAGCUUGUUUUCCCAAGAAAUUUGAUGGGUCGGCAAGUAAUCACUAGCAGUGGUGGAGGGGAAUACAUGAUGCUGGGAUUAGGAGACAUGGCUAUUCCUGGUAUGCUUCUGGCUUUGGUGCUCUGUUUCGAUCAUAGAAAGAGCAGAGAUAUCUCUAUUCCCCCUGAAGCAUUGUCUUCAAAAGAGAGCAAAUAUUUUUGGUGGGCGCUCUCCGGAUAUGCAAUCGGUUUGGUUACCGCCUUGUCUGCUGGAAUCUUGACACAAUCACCUCAACCGGCGCUUCUUUAUCUGGUGCCAUCCACCUUAGGACCAGUUAUUUUCCUUUCUUGGAGAAGGUAUGAAUUGUGGGAGUUGUGGGAUGGAGCUUAUCCAGUCUCGAGCGAGAAGUCCCACUCGAUGGAGCCCUAAUCCUUCGAACAGGUCUUUGUUAUAUCACCAAACAAACUUAAUUUGUUUCAAAGCAACCUGGAUGAAAUGCUUAUCCUGAGGGCUAUUUAUGAAAUCCUAAUAUAUCACGGAUGCUUUCUACUUACUUAAAUGAUGUCUUGCUUAGCAAUUAUGAUGGAA